AUGGACAACAUGACAUUCAGAUACAACAUACUCUUAAUGGAGGGUAUUAAAGUUACACCUCAGUCCGGCCAUAUUGUCUUUAUUCUUCUUUUGAUUGCAUAUGUAUUAAUAAUGAUAUCUAACAUUGGAAUUUUGAUUCAAAUAUCAACAGAGAAAAGUUUGCAUCAGCCCAUGCACAUUAUUUACUGCAACUUACCACUGAAUGAUAUACUUGGGACAACUGUUAUCAUUCCACGCUUGCUGAAGGAUAUUUUAUUGGAUCCCUCUGCACGCUACAUCACAUACGUGGAGUGUGUUAGUCAAGCUUUUUUGGCACAUUUGUAUGCAACAGUAGGCCAUACUGCGUUGAUGCUCAGCCUGACUAUACGUUUGUCUCACUGCAGAUAUGUGAUCCAGAAUCCCUUUUGUGAUAAUGCUUCACUAUUUAAACUGUCCUGUGAAAGUGUGGUGAUCAAUAAUGUGUAUGGAUUAACUUUUACUGUGCUUUUACACACCUCUUCAAUGGGGACUAUGUUCAUUACAUAUCUUAAAAUAGCUAUGGUAUGCAUAAAAAGCAAAAACAAAGCAAUAAACAGCAAAGCCAUUAAAACCUGCUCAACACAUUUGGCUGUUUAUCUAAUAAUGAUGAUUUCGGGAUAUGUCACAAUAUUUCUCCAUCGUUUCCCUGAAUACACAGACAGUAGGAAGACUUCCAGCAUAACCUCUCUUAUAUCUCCAUGCUUGAAUCCCAUAAUAUAUGGUUUCCAAAUUAAGGAAAUAAGACAGAUGAUUUUACAACUUUUUAAAAGAAAAAAAAUCAUUCAAAUUCAAUGUAAUUAA